GGGACGGCAAUUCAUUCAUUAGCUUGCAAAGUAGUCUGAGCCUGACGUGCUGAUAGUCAACAAAACUACAACAAACUCCACCAGCUCCCACAGGGAAAUGGUUCCAUAAACGAGCAGCCACCAACGAUGAGCACUCCAUUUAAAAUAAAUAAAUAUAUUUAUUUCCACCGUAUCAAAGCUGCUCGAGGCUCCACCCAACUCCAAGGCAGCAGAGAUCCUGAGUUUCCCGGAAAUCCGAAUUUCCUGGAACGGGAACAAGCCCAUUUGCAGGCGGAAAAGAGAGAGAACGAAACCAGCUCUCUCUUCCUGGCGAAGCAAGCAUGGCUGCUUUUGAGGGUCCCGUCCGGGAUCUCUGCGAGGAAGCCACUUGCUCCAUUUGCCUGGAUUAUUUCAGAGAUCCAGUGAUCAUUCAUGAGUGUGGGCACAACUUCUGCCGAUCCUGCCUGGUCCAGUGCUGGGAGAAAUCCGAGGGAGAGGCUUCCUGCCCUCAGUGCAGGGAAAAUGUUGAGCAAAGCAGCAUCAGGCGAAACCAGCAGCUGGCAAAUUUUGUAGAAAUAACUAAGAAAUUCAGCCAUCUGGGCGGGAAAAAGGAGGGAGAAGGAAAAGGAAAGGUCUGCGAGAAGCACCAGGAGCCCCUGAAGCUCUUCUGCCAGGAGGACGAAAUCCCCAUCUGUGUGGUGUGUGACAAAUCCAAGGAGCACAAAAGCCACGAGGUGGUUCCUCUAGAGGAGGCGUCCCAGGAGUACAAGGAUCAGAUCAGCAGCUGCCUAGACAAUGUGAGGAAGGAGAGAGAGAAAAUUCUAGUAUUUAAAGCAGACACAGAAAAGGAAAGCCAAGACCUGCUUAAACAAACAGGUGCAGAGAGGGAAAAGAUGGUGGCUGACUUCAGGCAACUGCACCAGUUUCUGGAAGAACAGGAGAAACGUAUUCUGGCCCAGAUGGCAGAGGUGGAGAAGGAGAUUGCAGCCAAAAGGGAGGAGCACCUGGCCAGACUCUCCGGGGAACUCUCCUCUCUUGACAGCCUCAUCCGGGAGAUGGAGGAGAAGCUUCAGGAACCAGCGAGUGAACUCCUUCAGGAUAUUGGAAGCUUCUUGCAGAGGUCUCAGGAGAAGGAGAACUUAGAGGAUCCUCCUGUGGCUUUUCCUCCUGCCCUGAAGUGGAGGAUCUGGGACGUCUGUGAUAUAAAUCUCUUCCUGGAGGGAGUCAUAAAGAAAUUCGGAGACACUGUGGAAUAUGGACUUCAGCUGCAAAAAGAAAACAUAACUUUGGAUCCAGACACAGCAAAUCCCUGGCUCAUCCUCUCUGAGGAUCGCAAGAGUGUGAGAGAGGGAGAAGUGCGUCAAGACCUGCCAGACAACCCUGAGAGAUUUGACACAGAUGGCGAUUUGCUGGGAUGUGAGGGUUUCACAUCAGGCAGACAUUUCUGGGAGGUCACUGUGGGAAAAGAGGAGGGGUGGGUGGUGGGGGUGGCCAGAAAGUCUGUGAAGAGGAAGGGCGUUUUGUAUUUUAAUACUACGGAAGGGAUCUGGGGUUUGGGGAAGUGGGACGGUGUGUACAAGUUCUGCUCCCCCCUUGAGGCCCCUGUUCCACGUGAGGAACCUGAGAGGAUCCGAGUGGCCCUGAACUGUGAAGGGAGACGGGUGUCCUUUUACAAUGCAGACACAGCAGCCCUCCUCUGCACAUUCCUGGCAGCCUGCUUUUCAGAAGAGACCCUCCAGCCCUACUUUUAUGUGAGCGAGAAAGCGAACCUGAGACUCUCUUGACUGAAGGUGCAGAAAGACAAGCAUAUAUUCAUGGCCAUCAUGACAUAUUGAGUCUCCUCUUCAGGACUGAGCUGACAGGCACUUCAGGAGAAACCAUAUUUGCAGAACUGUGAUUGGCCAUCCCUUGUGUCAAUCAUGAUGCAACUCUCCCUUCUCAGGCCAGUUUUGUGAAUGACACUGAUGGAUUGGGUCGCCUUUCAGUCCCCAAACUUGCCUGUUCUCUCUCCCUUGGGAAUCGGCUACUUCUGUCGAUGCAGGAGGUGCAAAAGGAGAAAAGAAGCAAGAAAAUAAUUUAGGAGACAACAGCAAACCUCCCCACAUUCCUGUUUCGAUGUAGUUCUCUCUCCAACCUCCAAUUCUGACACAUUUUCUAUAGACAAUACCAUCAUCUUUUCUGAAUAAAAUCAGAAUUAUGUACGGGCAUCACUUAAAACAUUUCCUCAGCCUCAAUCCUGAACUCAUAUUCCCUUUUCCUCCCCCAAUUUCUCCACUGGCUAGGGAGAUGGAAAUUCCAAAAUUCCAUUUUUUUGCUACUCCUCAGGGAAGCUUAUGUGGCAGUUCAGCAAAAUCUCCAUAUCCAAAGAUUGUUUGCUAGUUUGAGUACAGUCGGCCCAAAAUUCAUGCGCAACUUACUUGCGUGAUCUCAGCCUGGAACCCUUUGUCAAAACACAAAUUAAUAAAUAGAAAGAGGGCGAAAGACCAGGAAAAACUGUUGGAAGGGACUGUGUGAGAUCUUACAAUAGUCUCCAGAGCCCAGAAAGCAAUGGGGGGGGGGGCUUUGGCAAUGGUGGAAAGAGUUUCUAAGUCCACCUUGCUUACUGACCUCUAGAAAGGUCAAGAUUCUGGCUUCAGUCAAGCAGUAUGGUUGCUUGGUGGGCGUUUUCGGGGGGGGUCUUCCUGACUCACACUAUAUUGCCUUUGCAUGCUGACCCCAGAGACGUAACCCCUCUGCAGGUUUUGGGUAACAAAAUCCCCUUCGACAGUGAAGAGCCUCUGUCAGAAGCUCUGAGGAGAAAACAUUGGCAAACAUUGAGAAUUUUGGGUUAUGUGUAUGUGGUAAAUUCCCAUGUAUAAAAUUAUUUUCACCAAGGUGGUUUGUAAUGAAGAGUCAGAUACUUACCUGUAUUUUUAAAGAUCCCCUCUUCUUAUCUUUUUGUAUAACGAGCCUAAAAUAAUUUGGGGAUAUGUUUCAUGCACUAACAUGUUUGAUUCUACUAAAGAUUGUACUUCUUGUUGCUCCU